UUACACUUUAACCAUUCUUCAAAACAAAAUACAAAGUACCCACUUUAGUUCUCUCCCACUUCGUGUGUUUCUCACAAAGAGAGAAUAUGCAAAGAACUUCUAGAGAGAGAAAUAGAUUGAAACCUUCUUCCAACAAACUCUCAAACUAGAUAGAUACAAAAUAGACUAGUUUAGAAUAGUUUAUGUUUAGUUGAAUUUUUUUUCUCCAGUAUUUUGGGUUUAUUAGGUUUUGGGUUUGAAUUAGGGUUUUGUGGAAUUGAUUUAUAGGGAUUUGUUUUAGAAUUGAAGUUUUGAUUGUGUUUAGGGAUAACUGAAGCACUUUGUGAGGUUUUUUUUAUUAUUCCAAUCUAGCUUUUUGAAUGUUACGUGAUGAGCGAAGUUAGUGCUUUCUAGGGUUUGUGUGUGUGGGGUUUCAAUGGGGAGUAUGAGUGAGCAUGAUAGAAAACGGCGUCACUUUAGCUCCUUGUCACCCACACCUGAACCUGCCAAGAAGUUACCGUUCUUGCCUAUUUCUGAAGACAAAAAGCUUGAUAUUGCUGUACUUCAGUAUCAAAAUCAAAAGCUUACACAGAAAUUAGAGACUCAGAAGUUAGAAUAUGCAACUUUUGAGAAUAAAUUUUCUCAACUGAAGGAGAGGCAACAGUCAUAUGAUUCUACUUUAGCAGUGGUCAAGAAGUCUUGGGAGCAGCUGGUUAAUGAUCUAGAGUCGCGUUCUGAACGCACAAGGGAGUCUAACCGCAAAGCAUAUUCCAGAUUUGUAUCAAGUACAGAUGAUGGUAGUUCAUCUACUGUUCAAGAUGUUUUUCUUAGCCGACUUUUGCAAACUGGUGCAACUGAAAGUUCCUCCUCUUCUCACUUCGCAAAUGAGAUGGUGCAACAUAGAGAAAUUACUUCUGAAAAAGCUAAAAACAUUUUGAAUAAUAUAUUGACAUUCAUUAAUAACUUUCGGUGUUUGAAAGAUGGAUUUCAUACUGCACUACUGAAAAAGCUUCGAGGAGAUGUUUCAUGUGGGCAGAUGUUAUCCAAUGAUAUGGAGGUGGAAAGUAAAAACUUGAGAUUGACAUUAAGUGAACUUCACUUAAAGCACAAGUCUUUAGCAAGCGUUUUCCGAAUUCAGAGGGAUCUGGAUGCAAAAAAUAAAGCCGAGCUUAAACAAUUAAAAGGGGAACUGGAAAGCACGGUCUCAGAGUUAGAAGAAAACAAUCACAAACUUGCAACUCUUAAGGUAGAAAAGGAUGCAGCCAAAGGGGCAGUUCUUCCAGUAUUAACUGUUGGAAAUACAAACAUUCCUAAUGAUAAGAUCAGAGACAAACAAAAGGAUUUACAAGAUAUGGAAUCUUCUUUGAAGGAGCUACUGAACCGAGCUUCAACACGAUUAGUGGAACUCAAAAGUCUUCAUGAGGAAAGAAUAAGAUUAUUGCAGCAAUUGUGUGAUCUACAGAACACACUGAAGAAUUUGAAGUGUAUUACCUCUUCCCAUGCGUUCCAAUUGGUUAAAGAUCAGAUAGAAAAAUCAAAAUUGGAAGUGCAGGAGUAUCAGGCCUUAUAUGAGAAACUACAGGCUGAGAAGGAUAAUCUUGCAUGGAGGGAGAGGGAGUGGUACAUCAAAAAUGAUUUAGCUGAUCUUUUUCAAAGAUCUGUGACAGUUUCUGAUCUUAGAGUUGCUGAUAUACGCACUGAGAUACAGAAAAUGAUCGAGCAAAAAAAGGUGAUUGAAAACAAGCUUAAAGAGGAAGCAAGAGAACAGGGAAGGAAAGAAAUUAUUGCUGAAUUUAAAUCUCUGCUUUCUUCGUUUCCUGAGGAGAUGGGAUCCAUGCAAAGUCAACUUAGUAAGUAUAAAGAAUCAGCUUCAGAUCUCCAUUCUCUGCGUGCAGAUGUGCAUUCUAUUUCCAGUACUCUUGUUCGGAAGGUAAAAGAAUGUGACAAAUUAUCUGUUAGGUCUGCUGGUCAACUUGCCGAGAUAAACAGACUUCUUGCUGUGGUUCAAGAUUUGCGAGUGACUCAGGAUGAGAUGAAGUUGAUACUGCGAAUGUAUAGACACGAGACCAUUGAUUCAAGGGAUGUCAUGGAAGCAAGGGAAGCAGAAUACGGAGCAUGGGCACAUGUUCAAAGUUUGAAAUCAUCUCUUGAUGAGCACAACUUAGAACUUCGAGUUAAAACAGCAAAUGAAUCAGAAGCCAGAUCACAGCAAAACCUUGCUGCAGCUGAAGCUGAGAUCGCAGACAUGAGACAUAGAUUAGAUGAUUCUAAAAGGGAGAUGUGUAAAAUGUCUGAUGUCUCGAGAUCUAAAAAUGAAGAAAAUGAAGCCUACUUAUCUGAAAUAGAGACUAUUGGACAAGCAUAUGAUGACAUGCAGACCCAAAACCAACAUCUGUUGCAUCAGAUUACUGAGAGAGAUGAUUACAAUAUUAAGCUCGUUUUAGAAGGUGUAAGGGCUAGACAAAAACAGGAUUCUUUGAUUUUGGAGAAGCGAUUAAUGGAGCAGGAGAACCAACAAUCAAAUGUAUCUUUUAAUUUAUACAAUACCAAAGCUGCAAGAAUUGAAGACCAGUCAAGGUUUUGCUCAGAUCAGAUUCAAAAACUUGAGGACAACAAACUUCAUAGUUCUGGCUGUUUGGAGAAUACACAAAGAAGGCUGUCGGAUAUUAGACCAUCAUCGCAGCAGGUUAGGGAUUCAGUGGUGGAAUUGCAAGCUAGAAUUACCAGUAGUCGGGUGACUCGUAUGGAGUUACAAACCGAACUUGAGAAAGAAAGGUUUGCCCAAAAAACAGUAGAGGAAGAUCUGGAGGUUGCUAGGAGAAACUUGUCACAACUUAAAGCACAAAAUGAGGAUUCCUCGGUAACUGAUAAGCUUCAACAGGAACUUGGAGAGUACAUGGAAAUUGUCAAGUGCAGUAUUUGUCGAGACAGGACAAAAGAGGUGGUAAUUACAAAAUGCUACCACUUGUUUUGCAACUCAUGUAUCCAGAAAAUUGCUGGGAGUCGGCAGCGCAAAUGUCCACAAUGUGGUGCAUGUUUCGGGGCCAAUGAUAUUAAGCCGGUUUAUUUGUAACUAUGUUCAACUGCCGAGAUCAGGAACGUUGGUGGCAAUCCACAAGUGCCUGUCUCCUUUUCUUUUGUACCAUAAAUGAUUCUUUUUGCCGGUACUUGAAGUUUCUUAGUACCACAUGUACUCUUUCUUGAAAAUGGGAUGCUUGAUUUUACUCUGUGGAAAGAAUUGAAAACCACAAGAAACGUAAAAUUCGUUCUUUGCAGGUUUAUCAAAAUUCUUCUUCCAAAUGAGAUUUGGAGAAGGCCAUGAAGGUUGCUCUUUGACUGUACAAUUAAUAUUUCAAAAUAUUGGUAGCCCAAACUGGCCAUGAUGGCUUUAUGCCUUGGAAGUUAACUCAUAAGAGAGAGCAAUGAAAUGUCUUGCUUUUUAGAUUAAUAGUUCUUUUUCCUGCUGCUACGGCAGAAGUUCAAUUUUUUUGCUUCAGAGGCAUGUGUUGUUGUACUUGUAAAUAUCUUAGAUUUAUAAGGGGGUCGUCCAAUUUUGGUUUAUCAUAGCUUGUAAUCUUAUACAUGAUAUGCCAAGAUAUCAUUGUAAUUGAUGUGUUGUAACCUAUGAAUGCCCAUUUUAUCAUA